UCUAUAAUUUCAUCUUUCAUAUUUUAUUGAAUAAAAUCUGUCAGUGAGCAAAUUUUAGUUACCCAAAGUCAAUGAGCUCUUUUCUAGUGUUUCUUGACGAAGAGAGCGAAGAUAGUCCUAUCCAUCUUUCGUUGGGCAUUUCACCAUCAACAUUAGCCUAUUUAAGCCAAAUCGAUCCAUUCUCUUCCAUAUCAUUACCAUCCAGUACUGAAUCACAACAAUUUUCAUAUAAAAUGUUAACUAAAUUUGAAUCAAAAUCAUCACGUGUAAAGGGAAUUGUUUUCCAUCCAAAACGACCAUGGGUAUUGGCAUCAUUACAUUCGGGUCUCAUACAAUUAUGGGAUUAUCGUGUCGGAACAUUGAUCGAUAAAUUUGAUGAACAUGAUGGACCGGUUCGUGGAAUUGAUUUCCAUAUUCAGCAACCAUUGUUUGUAUCUGGUGGUGAUGAUUAUAAAAUUAAGGUUUGGAAUUAUAAAUCACGCCGGUGUAUAUUCACAUUAUUAGGUCAUCUGGAUUAUAUUCGUGUAGUAAAAUUUCAUCAUGAAUAUCCAUGGAUUUUAAGUUGUUCGGAUGAUCAAACUAUUCGUAUAUGGAAUUGGCAAUCACGUACCAGUAUUAGUAUUUUGACUGGACAUAAUCAUUAUGUUAUGUGUGCACAAUUUCAUCCAACUGAAGAUCUUGUCGUUUCUUGUUCACUUGAUCAAACUGUACGUGUUUGGGAUAUUUCUGGUUUACGAAAGAAAAAUGUUUCACCCGGUCCUGGUGGUAUUGAAGAUCAUUUAAAGAAUCCACAUUCAACCGAUUUAUUUGGUUCUUCCGAUGUUUAUGUUAAACAUGUUCUAGAAGGACAUGAUCGUGGUGUAAAUUGGGCCGCUUUCCAUCCUACUAUGCCUCUUAUUGUUUCAGGUGCCGAUGAUCGUUUAGUUAAAUUAUGGCGUAUGAAUGAAUCAAAAGCUUGGGAAGUAGAUUCAUGUCGUGGUCAUUAUAAUAAUGUUUCCUGUGUCAUAUUUCAUCCAAAACAAGAUCUUAUAUUGAGCAAUUCCGAAGAUAAAAGCAUUCGUGUUUGGGAUCUAACUAAACGAACUUGUUUAUCUACUUUUCGUCGUGAACAUGAACGAUUUUGGAUAUUGGCUGCUCAUCCAAAUCAGAAUCUAUUUGCAGCCGGUCAUGAUGCUGGAAUUAUUGUUUUCAAAUUGGAACGAGAACGUCCAGCAUUUACAAUUCAUUCAAAUUUCCUUUUCUACAUAAAAGAUCAUUAUUUACGUCGAUUAGAUUUUACAACUGCUAAAGAUAUUCCGGUAAUACAGUUAAGAAAUCGUGGCCGUAUACCACCACAUUCAAUUUAUUAUAAUCCUGCCGCAAAUGCAAUGCUUAUUACUAGCCGUUCACCUAAUGCUGAAAAUAGUAUCUAUGAACUAUAUCCAUUACCAAAAGAAAUUACCGGUUCACAUAAUACUGAUCCACCGGAAACAAAACGUUCAGCUGGUUUGACGGCCAUUUGGAUUGCAAGAGAUCGUUUUGCUGUAAUUGAUCGUAAUCAUCAGAUUUUGAUAAAAAAUUUGAAAAAUGAAACUGUAAAAACAUUGACAACAAGAGCAUGUGACGAAAUAUUUUAUGCCGGUACCGGAAUGAUAUUGUUGCGUGAUGUUGAUGGUCUUGUUUUGUAUGAUGUUCAACAAGGUCGUGAAUUGGUGAAUGUAACAUGUCCAAAAGUUAAAUUUGUCAUCUGGAAUAAUGAUAUGUCGAAUGUAUGUUUAUUGAGUAAACAUCAAUUAACCAUAUGUAAUCGACGAUUAGAAAUAAGUGCAACAAUAACUGAAACAAAUAAAAUUAAAAGUGGUGCUUGGGAUGAUCUAGGUGUUUUCAUCUAUACAACAUCGAAUCACAUUAAAUAUGCAUUAUAUAAUGGUGAUCAUGGUAUUAUUCGUACGCUUGAUCUACCUGUCUAUCUUACUCGUAUCAAACAACAACAAGUUUAUUGCCUUGAUCGUGAAGUUAAAUCAAAAAUUUUAAAUAUUGAUACAACUGAAUUUAAAUUCAAACUUGCAUUAAUCAAUCGUAAAUAUGAUGAAGUUUUACAUAUGGUUCGUAAUGCUGAAUUAGUUGGACAAUCUAUUAUUGCCUAUCUACAGAAAAAAGGUUAUCCUGAAGUUGCAUUGCAUUUUGUUAAAGAUGAAAAAACUAGAUUCGCAUUAGCAUUGGAAUGCGGUAAUAUUGAAGUUGCAUUAGAAGCGGCUCGAUCAUUAGAUGAUCAAGCAUGUUGGGAACGUUUAGCUGAGGCUGCAUUAAUGCAAGGUAAUCAUCAGGUUGUCGAAAUGGCUUACCAACGAACAAAAAAUUAUGACAAAUUAUCAUUUCUAUAUUUGGUUACUGGAAAUUUGGAAAAACUACGAAAAAUGAUGAAAAUUGCUGAAAUUCGUAAGGAUACUUCUGCUCAAUUCAAGAAUGCAUUGCUGUUGGGCGAUGUUGAAGAACGAAUCAAAAUUCUACGUAAUUCCGAUCAAUUAUCUCUUGCUUAUCUUUGUGCUGCAACACAUGGUCUUGAAUCGGAUGCCGAAGAAUUGAAACAGAUGCUUGAUCCUGAGAAAAAAUUACCCGUGCCUGAUCCAAAUGCUGUGUUAUUGCAACCAUCUUUACCGAUUUUGCCUAAUGAAGAGAAUUGGCCAUUAUUAACCGUUACACGUGGUUUCUUCGAAGGUGCUAUGGCUGCCACAAAAGGCAAAACUGGCCUAAAAUCAGCAGCCGACAUGUUGAUUAUUGAUGAAAAUGAAGGACCAGACGCUGCUGAAACUGGUUGGGGUGAUGAAGCCGAUCUAGAUCUAGAUGAUAAUGGAAAGAAUGCAGUUGAUGAUGAUGAUCUGAUGCACGAUGCUAAAGAUGAUGAAGGUGAUACACCUGGUUGGGAUGUUGAUGAUCUUGAUAUGCAAGAUCUACCACAACCUGAAGCUGGAAUGGAUGAAAAUUUUUUCGUCGCUCCAACACGUGGUUUUCCACCCACACAUUAUUGGAUCAAAAAUUCAAAACUUGUUGUGGAUCAUAUUUUGGCCGGUUCUUUCGAAACUGCUUUUAGACUUUUAAAUGAACAGGUGGCUGUUGUUAAUUUUGAACCAUUAAAAAGUAUAUUUAUGAUGACUUAUGCUCGAUCACGUGCUGGUUAUCAAGGCCUAUCAUAUCUUCCUACAAUGUUUGCCUAUCCGCAACGAAAUCCACGCGAAGAUUUUACAAAAGGUUUGCCUGCAAUCGAAAUACAAAUGUUGGAUCAUCUCAUACAACGUUUACAACAAUGCUAUCAAUUGACAACGAUGGGAAAAUUUCAGGAUGCUGUCGAUCGUUUCCGUCAAUUAAUGUUAAGUGUUUUGAUGCUUUCGGUGGAUAGUAAACAGGAAAUUAUUGAAGCAAAAAAAUUACUUGAAAUCUGCCGUGAAUAUAUUGUCGGACUUUCGAUGGAAAUUGAACGAAAAUCGAUGCCAAAAGAAUCGAUUGAAAAUCAAAAACGUUCAUGCGAAAUGGCCGCAUAUUUUACACAUGUUCAUCUACAACCAGUACAUCAAAUAUUAACAUUACGUACUGCAUUGAAUUUAUUUUUUAAAUUGAAAAAUUUUCAAACAGCAUCAUCAUUUGCAAAACGACUUUUAGAAUUGGGACCAAAAGCCGAUGUUGCUGCACAGACAAGAAAAGUUUUACAAGCAUGUGAAAAAUCUGCUAUAGAUGAACAUAAGCUCAAUUAUUCCGAACAUAAUCCAUUCAAUAUUUGUGCAGCAUCAUAUACACCAAUCUAUCGUGGACAUGUUGAAACUAAAUGUCCAUUUUGUGAGGCAACAUAUGCACCUGAAUAUCAGAAUACAAUUUGUCGUGUUUGUUUGGUAUCAGCAAUCGGUCGUGAAGCUAUUGGUCUUCGUAUUAGUUCAUUACAGUUUCGUUAGCGUUUUUUUU